CGUCGGUGAAGCCGGAGUACCCGGUGGUGGACCGGAACCCCGCCUUCACCAAAGUCGUCGCCAACUUCUCCACGCUCGACUACCUCCGCCUCUCCACCAUCUCCGCCGUCUCCGUCACCGUCGGCUACCUCUCCGGUUUGCUGCUAGAUGACCUUCUUGGUGCUGAAACAACAAGCAGCUGCAGCUGCUGCUACAUGCAAGCUGGAGGAGCACCUGGCAUAUUUGCUUACAAUGAUGAACAAACAGGGCAAAUGACUACAGAAACAACUGCGGAUGGAGAAGUGGUUCUUGGAACCCCAGUUGCUUCUCCUGUUAGAUAAUGGGGAUGUGCAUACUGAUAUCAGCCCUGAGAAUGCUGUGGUCCAGGGACAGAGAAGAUCGAGCAAAUGUGUUGAUUACUUGGUUGAAGCAUCUGCUGCAGAGGUUGGGGCGAUCACUGCUACUUUAGCUGCUAUAAAGGCGACACAAGUUAAAGGGGCCUGGCUACAUGGUGAUGGUGAGGAACGGCAAAGAAAUCUAUGCAUGAGGUUUAUUUUGAAUUUCCAGUGUCUUUGAGAAGGAUUAAACUUGUCUGUCGUUGCACCGUUACCUGGUACUAGCAUGCAUGGUGAUCUGUAUGUAUGUAAGCUGUUGUUGAACCAGAAGCAGUAAGCUGGUUGCUGCCUUCAUGUUUGAGUUCUUUAUAUAUGCAAGUCGAGCAAUUGUCAGUUGGGUGAAGGUACAUGCUCUGUAAAAUUGUUUGCUCCGAUUUUUGAAACAAUGU